AUGAGUAAUGAGCUCAAGGCUGAUUUAUGUAUUUCCUUACAGUGGCUCUCAGACAGGAAGAAAAGAGCUUUACAGAAGAAAGAUGUGGAUAUCCGUAGAAGAAUUGAACUUAUUCAAGACUUUGAAAUGCCCACGGUUAGCACAAAGAUUAAGGUAUCAAGAGAUGGACAGUAUAUUAUGGCAGUUGGAACUUACAAGCCACGGAUCCGCUGUUUUGAUACCUAUCAGUUAUCCCAGAAAUUUGAACGGUGCUUAGAUUCUGAAGUGAUUACAUUUGAGAUUUUAUCAGAUGAUUACUCAAAGAUUGUCUUCUUGCAGUGUGGCAGGUUUGUGGAGUUUCAUUCGCAACACGGCCAUUACUACAAGACAAGAAUACCAAAAUUUGGUAGAGAUUUCUCUUACCACUAUCCGUCAUGUGACCUAUAUUUUGUAGGAGCAAGUUCUGAAGUGUACAGGCUAAAUCUGGAACAAGGAAGGUUUCUCAACUCCCUGCAAACUGACGCUUCGGAGAGUAAUGCCUGUGACAUAAAUCCUGUACACUUCUUGUUUGCUAUGGGGACAGCUGAGGGUAAAGUGGAAUGCUGGGAUCCCAGAACUAGAAAUCGAGUUGGGUUAUUGGACUGUGCUUUAAGCAGCGUGACAGCCGACACAGAGAUAGAGAGUUUACCAUCCAUUUCAGCACUGAAAUUUGACGGAGCUUUGAAUAUGGCCGUUGGAACAUCUACUGGGCAGGUAUUACUUUAUGAUCUCCGGUCUAGUAAUCCAUUAAUAGUCAAAGAUCACCACUAUGGCCUGCCUAUCAAGUCCAUUCAGUUUCAGCACCAGCUGGAUUUAAUUAUCUCUGCAGAUUCUCGAAUCAUAAAAAUGUGGAACAAAGAUACGGGGAAGAUAUUUACUUCAAUGGAGCCAGAACAUGAUAUCAACGAUGUCUGCCUGUAUCCAAAUUCAGGAAUGCUAAUGACUGCCAACGAAGCCCCUAAAAUGAAUAUCUAUUAUAUACCAGUUUUAGGACCUGCCCCAAAAUGGUGUUCCUUCUUGGACAACUUGACUGAAGAACUGGAAGAGAAUCCAGAGAGCACGGUUUAUGAUGAUUACAAAUUUGUUACCAGAAAUGACCUUGAAAAUUUAGGCCUUGCUCAUCUCAUUGGAUCAUCAUUGCUCAGAGCAUAUAUGCAUGGCUUUUUCAUGGACAUAAGACUUUAUCACAAGGCAAAAAUGAUGGCCAACCCCUUUGCCUAUGAAGAAUACAGAAGAGAGAAAAUAAGGCAGAAGAUAGAAGAAACACGUGCACAACGAGUUCAGCUAAAGAAACUUCCAAAAGUCAAUAAAGAGCUUGCACUCAAACUGAUGGAAGAAGAAGAAGAGCAAGAGGUUACUAGGAAAAGAAAACAGAAGAAUGUGCCCAACCUUCUCAAAGAUGAUCGUUUCAAGGUCAUGUUUGAGAAUCCAGAUUUCCAGGUGGAUGAGCAGAGUGAAGAAUUUAGGCUACUUAACCCACUUGUUUCUAAAAUAAGCGAGAAAAGAAAGAGAAAACUAAAGAUCUUGGAGGAGCUGGAAGCACGAGAACAGGAAGAGGAGGAAGAACCAGAAGGAAAAGCAAGUGAUGCAGAAAGUUCUGAGAGUUCAGAUGAUGAAAAAGGCUGGGUUGAAGAGGUCAGGAAACAGCGCAAGCUUCUACGCCAAGAGGAAAAAGUAAAGCGGCAGGAAAGGUUCAAGGAGGAUCAGCAAACAUUACUGAAACCUCAGUUUUUUGAGAUUAAAGAAGGAGAGGAAUUCAGAAGCUUCAAAGACUCUGCCAAAAAACAGAAAUUAAUGAAGAAAACUCUUGGAGAUCGUCUAAAGCUUGAAGAAAAACUUGGCACGCUCGAUGUGUCUGAUACCACAGUAGGCAGCAAACAGGCAACAUUCAAAUUAAAGAAG